UCAAAAAGAAAUUCUCAAUCAGAUUUGACAAAUACACCUCUUGGGUCCGCUCUGCUCGAUCAGAAUCGGAGAAGCACGAGAACAAGAGCAUCCAAAGAGGGUCUCGUUCGAAGUCAGUCAAAACUCUCAAGAAAUUGCUGAGACUUGAAGAAAACAAAGACUGUAAGGGUUUGGAGCUUUUUGGGUGGAAUCGCUUGCGAAAUCCAUGAAGGUUUGAAGAUUGAAAAGUUACCAAGUUGAAUGACUUUAGCACUAUUCUAUCUAUCAGAAGGGAGGAGUAUGUUAGAGGUCAAAAAUGCCUUACUAUAGCACGGAUUGUGUGUUGUGAAGGGCUGUGAACAUUUGGUAUUCUACUUAUAUUUUGUUAUACCAUAGAUGGCAUCAGAAUCGGAUGCUUCAGCAUCUGCUUUUACUGCUGAAAAACCUUUUGGCAAUGCAAUAUUUGUUGAUAAGCUUCCCGAGGAAAUCAAUGAGAUGAGGAUCACGGAUGAUAAGGUUGAAACAGAUGUGGAAGCAGCAGUGGUAAAUGGCAACGAAAUGGAAACAGGCCAUAUUAUUGUUACAACUAUUGGUGGUAGGAAUGGUAAACCUAAACAGACCAUAAGUUAUAUGGCUGAACGUGUGGUUGGACAAGGCUCCUUUGGAAUUGUAUUUCAGGCCAAGUGUCUAGAAACAGGAGAAUUUGUUGCUAUCAAGAAGGUUUUGCAAGAUAAAAGAUAUAAGAAUCGUGAAUUGCAAACCAUGCGCCUUCUUGAUCACCCCAAUGUUGUGUCACUCAAACACUGUUUCUUUUCAACCACCGACAAGGAUGAGCUCUAUCUCAAUUUGGUGCUUGAAUAUGUACCUGAGACUGUUUAUCGUGUGGCAAAGCACUACAGCAGGGCAAAUCAGCGGAUGCCUUUAAUAUAUGUCAAACUCUACACAUAUCAGAUUUGCAGAGCUUUGGCAUAUGUUCAUGGUGGUGUGGGAGUCUGUCACAGGGAUAUCAAGCCACAGAAUCUUUUGGUCAAUCCCCACACUCAUCAGGUUAAGCUUUGUGAUUUCGGAAGUGCAAAAGUUCUGGUCAAGGGCGAUCCUAAUAUAUCAUAUAUUUGUUCUCGUUAUUAUCGAGCACCUGAACUCAUAUUUGGGGCUACAGAGUACACAACUGCAAUCGACGUUUGGUCUGUGGGUUGUGUCCUUGCUGAAUUGCUUCUAGGACAGCCUCUCUUUCCUGGGGAGAGUGGAGUUGAUCAGCUUGUUGAGAUUAUUAAGGUACUUGGCACACCAACACGUGAAGAAAUCAAGUGUAUGAAUCCAAACUACACGGAAUUUAAAUUCCCACAAAUUAAAGCUCAUCCAUGGCACAAGAUAUUCCACAAGCGUAUGCCUCCUGAAGCAGCAGAUCUUGUCUCAAGACUUCUCCAGUACUCUCCAAGUCUAAGGUGCACAGCUUUAGAGGCUUGUGCCCACCCAUUUUUUGAUGAACUUCGUGAUCCUAAUACCCGUCUACUUAAUGGACGUCCCUUGCCUCCACUCUUUAACUUCAAGCCUCAAGAGGUGAAAGGAGCAACUUUGGAGCUCUUAUCCAAGCUGAUACCAGAACAUGCUCAAAAGCAACGCCCCUUCCUUGCUUUGUAGACUGAUGUGUGUUGACAGGUUCCCAAGUAUACUAUGUAAUUUUAUAUCUGUUGUGGUGUACAUUGUCCGUAGAAUUCAGGAACCCUGCUGUUUAGGGUGUUAAGGAAAAAGAACAGUUUGAAUUAUGAAAGGUUCCUCAUUUCGUUUCGCCUGGAAGGAAACGUACUUGGGCUUUCAAAAUCAUGAUUGUCAUCCCUUUUGUUGCCCUCUACAUCGACUCUAAUGUAAAAGCUGGAAUGCAUUGAUUUGGUUCAAGAUUACGACUCCCUAAA